AUGCAGCCCUUUCAGCGGCAAGGAGCUAGAUUGAGCAGAGUUGUUCGGCUAUCCAGCCUUCCGCAUUAUCGUGGGCUGGAUGGAAACGGGAAGGCUGUCGCACCAAUACCACAACAACGCCAAUUAUGUUCAUCUCAUGGCAGUAUAUAUGCUCAGCCCUCGGGUUACAGCUCGAAGAAUUGGCUGGGCUACCCGAACAGCUGGCACUUACAGCCUACAAACUCGUCCCCCUUGACUGUUCGGGUUCAAGGGUGUCAGCCGACCAUUCCGAGUAACAACAGGGGUUAUUCCACCAAUGAAUCAACCAAAAAGACCACAGUUGACAAUUACAUUCAAGAAAUAGAGGACUUAUAUGCAAUUGCAAAAGACGAGCUCGAAAUAGCGGCAGAAUCUACUGCUGAGGCGACAAUAUAUGCUGCCUCAGACCGUAUAUCUAUGCGCGAAGCCUUUGAUGAUCUUAAGCAUACAUAUGGUGCUUAUGCUGAUAACAACCCACCUCCUCAGGAUAUUGAACCAAAGGAUGGAGCGAAUGGUGUUGAUGUUGCAGAAGAACGCUCUACCGCUUAUGACUCCACGGAUAUUCCUGAUGAUAUCAGGGCUGAAAUUAAGCGGAGGGUUGGUCACAGAAUAAGGGAGAUUGAAAAUGCGGUGAAUAGCUUAGAGGAGAGUGCUAGGCACGAGUGA